AUGAAUAUCAACGAUUUACCUGAUCUUUGUUUUGAAUUGAUUUUUGAUCAUAUUUCCGAUCUUCCGACUUUGGAUAACUUAAGAAGAGUUUGUUCACGAUGGAGAACUUUGGUUCAAACUCGACUACAGAAAAUCACACACUUAGAAUAUGCUCCAUACAUGGUCUUGGUAAAGAAAAUUACUCAGAAGGAAUUGACCGGAAAAUAUAUCCAUACAGAUCAACUUCGUUUUCUUGAGAUGUUUAAAACUAAAAAUAUUACGACAAGACUUCCAUGUCCAUGUGCAGCAUUAGCUAAUCUACUUGCUACCGGAAAUCCAAUCACUGAACUUAAGUUUCGUCUCUGUGAUUUCACCAGUGGAUUACCGUCCAUCGAUACAUUGAAAGGAAUAAGUUAUCUUAUUAUUUUUCAUUUAUUAGAAGCUUUUUACUGCGUUUUUGUCAACGCUGUUGGUAUCGGAGUGGGUGCUCAUCGGCUUUGGUCUCAUCGAUCUUUCAAAGCUAAAACUCCAUUGAGAGUGUUUCUCGCUUUAGCCUUCACCUCGGCAGGUCAAAAAAGUCUAGGAACUUGGGUUCGUGACCAUCGGACUCAUCAUAAGUUCUCAGAGACAGAUGCCGAUCCUCAUAACGCGAAACGCGGUUUCUUUUUCGCUCAUCAAGGAUGGUUAUUGGUCAAGCGACACCCGGAUAAUGUCAGGAAAAGUGCUUCAAUUGAUAUGGACGAUGUUCUGAGUGACCCAGUAGUAAUUUGGAGUACAAAAUAUUAUACACUACUUUUGAUCAUUACAUUGAUUCUCGUUCCAACUCUAAUUCCGUUCUAUUGCUAUCAAAUUUCACUUUUUCACUGUUUAUUAAUGACUGGAGUUCGAUAUGUAAUCUCAUUGCAUGGAACUUGGUUAGUCAACUCAGCAGCUCAUCUUUGGGGAGAUAAACCUUAUGAUAAAACUAUAUAUCCAUCGGAGGCUAAAUGGAUUGCGUGGUUGAUUCCCGUUGGUGAAUUUUAUCACAAUUAUCAUCACACUUUUCCUCAAGAUUAUAAGGCAUCAGAAUUUGGUUGGUUUGGUCAAUGGAACACAAAUGCUGCCUUUAUUGAUCUAAUGGCUCUGAUUGGUCAAGCUUAUGAUCUGAAAACUGCACCUAAAAACCUAAUUGAAUCAAGAAAAGCUCGAGCUUCCAAACUACCUGUUUACAAAUGAGAGUCGAAAAUUCUCAGAAAAUUCAAUAUCAUUCAUAGAGAAUUCAACAUUCUGAUUCAACCAAUAAAUUUGUUUUAUAGUUAUUGAUAUAUUAUGUUUGGCUGAUUAAAGUGUUCUCAUAUUAUAUCAGCUAAGAAAACAUACAGUUCAUCAAUAAAAUUU